AUGACUCAGGGUGUGGUUGAUGACUCAGCAGCAGCCACGGGUGGAGUAGCAGCCACGGGUGGAGCAGCAGCCACGGGUGGAACAGCAGCCACGGGUGGAGCAGCAGCCACGGGUGGAGCAGCAGCCACGGGUGGAACAGCAGCCACGGGUGGAGCAGCAGCCACGGGUGAAGGAACAGCAGCCACGGGUGGAGCAGCAGCCACGGGUGGAGCAGCAGCCACGGGUGGAACAGCAGCCACGGGUGAAGGAGCAGCAGCCACGGGUGAAGGAGCAGCAGCCACGGGUGGAGCAGCUGCCACGGGUGGAGCAGUAGCCACGGGUGGAGCAGCAGCCACGGGUGGAGGAGCAGCAGCCACGGGUGGAGCAGCAGCAGCCACGGGUGGAGCAGCAGCCACGGGUGGAACAGCAGCCACGGGUGGAGCAGCUGCCACGGGUAGAACAGCAGCCACGGGUGGAACAGCAGCCACGGGUGGAGCAGCUGCCACGGGUAGAUAA